AUGGCGAAGCUUUCGCGUGAUUCGCUGCGUAAAUCUAUUCAUACUAUAAUCGAGACCGCUGAGAAGGCGAAUGCGGAUUACUUGGAGACAAUCAGUGUCAAGUUCACCUUGAAGAACUAUGAUCCCAACAAGAACAGGCCUCUGAACAGCAAAGGCGAUCCGAUCAUCCACGUCUGCGUGCUAGGGGACCAGGAACAUUGCGAGGAGGCUGCCAAAUUCAACGUGCCCUUCAUCAACUUCGACGAGCUGGGGACUCUCAACCGGAACACGAGGCUGAUGAAGCAGCUCUCCAGGCGUUUCGAUGCUUUCCUAGCAUCUGACACCAUCAUGGAUGAGAUCAGAAGCAUCUUGGGUCCGGGACUGAGCAAGAUUAGCAAGACUCUUGGUGUACUCAUCCACGGCGAGUGCAUGACCGAGAAGGUAGAAGAAAUGAAAUUGAAGAUUUGUGAAGACAUAAAGAAAGUACUGUUUGUCACGGCGGAAAUCGGCCAUGUCAAGAUGACCCCCGAAAAGCUUGAAGAAAACGUGCUUUGGGCAGCCAACUAUUUGGUUCCGCGUUUGAAGAAGAAUUGGCGUAACGUCAAGUCACUCUGCAUAACGUCCACUUCUGGGCCAGCUUAUCCAUUGGAAGUCACUUUCUAA